CUAUUCACUGUCACCAGUUGUUUCUUUCUGCCCAUCAGUGGCCACAUAUUACACCAGGCUACAACAUCCACCACAACAGAGUCUCCACAACCAUGGCUAUAACCGACUUCCUAGCAGCUUCAGACAUCACUUCAGCUAUUAAUGCCUGUAAAGCAAAGGAUUCCUUUAGCCCGAAGAUGUUUUUCAAAACAGUGGGUUUAUCCAAGAAAAGUCCAACAGAGAUCGAGAGGGUCUUUAAGAUUUUGGACCAGGACAAAAGUGGCUACAUAGAACAGGAUGAGUUACAACUGUUCCUGCAGAACUUCGCCAAAGGAGCAAGGCCCCUGACUGCAGCUGAAACCAGGGCUUUCCUCCUGGAGGGAGACUCCGAUGGAGAUGGGAAGAUCGGCUGGGAAGAGUUUUCUGCGCUGGUCAAGUCUUCAUAAGACCUGCAUGAGGAUCUCUUGAGGAUUUGCUGUACGGUGAUGAUCUCAGGGUGGAGCUCUUUUUAUGAUAUUUAAUGAC